CCUGUUUUUUGCAGGACAUUCAGUCAGAAGAGAGCUGCAAUUGAGAGAGAGUAUGCACAGGGAAUUCAGAAGUUGGCUAGUCAAUACUUAAAGAAGGAUUGGCUUGGAAUAAAACCUGAUGAGCGAAGUGAUUAUAGGAGCAUGUACUCCGUUUGGAAAUCAUUUCUAGAAGGCACAAUGCAGGUGGCCCAAUCCCGGCUCAAUAUCUGUGAAAACUAUAAAAACUUAAUUUCCGAACCUGCCAGGACAGUAAGAUGCUUCAAGGAACAGCAACUGAAAAAGUGUGUGGACCAGUUGACAAAGAUUCAAGCUGAAUUACACGAGACAGUAAAAGAUUUAGCUAAGGGCAAAAAGAAGUAUUUUGAGACUGAACAGAUGGCUCAAGCAGUGCGGGAAAAAGCUGAUAUCGAGGCCAAGUCUAAACUUAGUCUUUUUCAGUCAAGGAUAAGCUUACAGAAGGCAAGCGUGAAGUUAAAAGCACGACGGGCCGAGUGUAAUUCAAAGGCUAUACAUGCAAGAAAUGAUUACCUUCUCACUUUAGCAGCUGCUAAUGCACACCAAGAUCGCUAUUAUCAGACAGACUUAAUGAACAUUAUGAAGGCUCUUGAUGGGAAUAUAUAUGAUCACCUUAAGGAUUAUUUAAUGGCGUUCAGCAGGACUGAGCUAGAGACAUGCCAAGCUGUACAGAAUACAUUCCAAUUUUUAUUGGAGACUUCUUCCAGCAGGGUGGCACGGGAUUACAAUCUACAGCUAUUUUUACAGGAGAACUCUGUAUUUCGCAAACCGCAACCCUUCCAGUUCCAGCCUAGCGACAGCGAUACCAGUCGACAACUGGAGUCUGAAACUGGAACGACUGAAGAGCACAGCCUAAACAAGGAGGCCCGGAAGUGGGCCACCCGAGUAGCACGUGAGCACAAAAACAUCAUCCACAAUCAACGGACACUCGAGGAGUUAGAGUGCCAUGGCCCUGUGGUGUCUGAACAAAGCCGAGCAGAACUGGAACAAAAAAUAGAGGAAGCCAGAGAGAGUAUCCGCAAAGCCGAGAUAAUUAAACUGAAAGCAGAGGCUCGUCUUGAUCUGCUAAAGCAGAUAGGGGUGUCUGUGGAUACGUGGCUAAAGAGUGCAAUGAACCAAGUGAUGGAAGAACUGGAAAACGAACGCUGGGCGAGCCUUCCUGCCGUGACCAACAAUGGCUCGUCGCACUUGGUACUGUUUGCACUCAAUGCUGAUACAGAAAAGGAAGAAGGGGAAGAGUUUGAAGACAGCAUGGAUGUUUUUGAUGAUAGCAGUUCCAGUCCUUCGGGUACUCUAAGAAAUUAUCCGCUGACCUGCAAAGUCGUUUAUUCCUAUAAGGCUUCUCAGCCUGACGAACUGACCAUUGAGGAACAUGAGGUAUUGGAAGUGAUUGAAGAUGGAGAUAUGGAAGACUGGGUAAAGGCACGAAACAAAGCUGGCCAAGUGGGUUAUGUGCCAGAGAAGUAUCUGCAGUUCCCAACAUCCAACAGCCUGUUGAGCAUGCUGCAGUCUCUGGCAGCGUUGGAUAGUCGGUCACACACCUCCAACAAUUCAACUGAAGCCGAGCUAAUCUCAGGCAGCUUAAAUGGAGAUUCCAGCGUCUGUUUUGUGAAAGCACUUUAUGAUUAUGAGGGCCAGACAGAUGACGAGCUGUCCUUCCCAGAAGGAGCAAUCAUCCGUAUCCUAAACAAGGAGAACCAGGACGAUGAUGGCUUCUGGGAGGGUGAAUUCAAUGGGCGUGUUGGGGUUUUCCCUUCUGUGUUAGUGGAAGAACUGACAGCCUCAGAAAAUGGGGAGACUCAGUGGAUUGGAGAUAUUCAGGUGUCUCCAUCUCCAAAACCUCACAAUUCCCUUCCACCGUUGCCACUGUAUGACCAGCCACCCACGAGCCCUUACCAUAGUCCAGAUAAAAGAGGCUCCCAGAGCUUUCCCAGAUCACCAUCAACUAAUGAAAACAGUUUCAGUUCGGAGUCUCCUGGAUUUUCGCAGCCUCCACGGCUUACUCCGGAAACUUCCUAUGGCAAACUGCGACCUGUGCGAGCAGCUCCUCCUCCCCCUACACAGCAUCAUCGCAGGACAACAGAGAAGAUCGAGGACGUGGAAAUUACUCUGGUGUAACGAUGGGACUAGCUAAGUAGUAGUGCUACAAUCAAGGCCAAAUGUGGUGUUUGGUCAACCUCGUUUUUAGGCACCUUUGCAUGAUGAAGACUUUUAAUAGAUCAAGGAAUAGGGAGGAUUUCUUGUGACAGUGACAUGCUGGAUUCCUUCCCACCAUCAUGAAUAUUUUGUGCCUUUUUUGUUUUAUAUACAUCAUUCUUCCUCCCUUAGCACAAACCAAGAUGGGCCAAACGGCAAGCAGAGGAGAUGCCUUGGAGCAGGUUUCUCUUUUGGCUGAAGAUAGUCAAUUUUUAUAUGGAGGCUUCAGAGAGAGCCUCAUUCAUGCAACUUAGUCAUAGCAUACUUAUACCAUGUGCAUUAGUACAGUAUAUUACUGUUGCCAUAGGAAUGUGUUAAAGAUUGUCAAUUCUUCAAGUAGCAGUACUUGUCUGAUUAGAUAUUAAUCAGAUCUCAUGGAAUUACAAAAAAGGGAACAAAAUGAUAGGUUUAAAGAGAGGCUGGCUCCUCUUCAGUCCCCUUGAUGAAGAAAAAAAAAAGGAAAAUAAUCUUAUAGAUAACAAAAAGUGCUGGAGACCACAUGACACGAAUGCACACCUCUUCAAUAAUUAACUGUUAAACAGAACUAAAUGCUCUUUGUAUUAAUAUUUAUGCAGUUCAUUUAGUAAUAGAGUAUCUAAUAUGGAGGUGCUGAAUUAGUAGCAACAUCUUGUUUCCAUAGCAUAAACCAACUGGUAGAGAAGUAAGUGAGAUUUUUUUGUCUAGAUCUGGAAAUUUUGAGUUUCAUUUCUUUUUCUUAGCAGAUUUUUUUUUUCAUUUUGGGAUCACUUUUAUCCCGGUUAUUGCCGUGUACUUUAUUAUCCAACGUUAGCAGUAUAUCUUUGCCAUCAAAACAUCUGGCUAGAGUUAGAAGUUACAUUUAGAAUAUUUACAUGCAUUAUUUAGUUUCCGCAUUGGAUAGUCCUAUAGCAUUUCUCCCCGCAAACCCAUUAACUAGCCAAAAUCGGAGAACCAGGAAAUCCCUGGCAUAGCCCAGUCCUUCAGAGCUCCUUUAGGGCUGAAAGUAAGAGAGGGAAUUGUGCUCUCAAAGUAUUUUUGUGCAAGAAAGAGAGUUUGAGGACGUCAAGGCUAAUUUCAAACUGGAUUUCUCUGAGAAAGGAACUGUUGACAUUUCAGAGAAAUCGGGGUGUGUUGCGUUCUAACGUUAAUUGCAAUGGUAAGAAGAGUGGAGACACCCUUCCUUCCAGAUGAAAACAUUUGUUUCUAUAAAUAUGAUCACUAAAUCAUUCUGAAAAUAGCAAUACUUAUCAAUCAAAGCUUUGGUGAAAAGGCAUCUACAACUUAUUUAAGAGCUGUUAUAUGGGUUAUAUUGAAUGCGCUCUUGUGUGUUCAUUUUUUCCUAUGUUGGUAAAGUAAGUUUCUACAUUUAGUUAACUAACAAGGGCUAUUUUUUUUUGAGGCUGCAUUUACAAAAUCAUUGUACAAGAUGUUAUCAUAAACUUUGCACAUCCUUGUAAAUCCCAACCCCAUCUGGGGCUCUGAAAUGUUAGUACUUGCCAAUGUCUCUCUUCCCAGUGGGAUUUUAACCAAGAGUGAGGCUGUUUGAAGAAAAAAUUCAUCGGCCAGUUGCUAAAUCAGUGGCUGUCCAUUGAAGAUCCUUUUCUGUGUGUUUUCAUUCUUUUGCACCUCUUGUCCUGUUGAUCUGUUUGAGGUCUUUUUAUGUGUUUAUCAAACUUAUUCUUAAGUUUAAAAAAAAGUUUUUAAAAAGAUUUAGCUAUUUGCAAAAAAAAAAACAAAAAAAAAGCUUCACAAUGCAGAAGAAAUUCAAGUAUUGCCAUAAACGAUGUUCAAGUUCAAUUUCUUUGGCCAGUUUUUCUCUGUCCUUCAUAACAGACUUUCAGAAUUCAGAUAGUGUUAUUUAAAAUCUCUUUGGUUGUACUUUAAAAUAUUUUCUGUAAGAGCUGCUAAUUUUAUUUAAAAAAAAGAAAAGUUGUAAAAAUAUGCCUCCUUUUUAACUAUGAUUUCUUCAUACAGGGCAUGUAUUCAACGUAUCAUCAUGUACAGUGUCAGUACACUGAAGGCAUUAGGUGCAAAUGCUUUCUUUAUAUUGGCUGUAAAAAGUUUGUAUUUAUUAUGUAUAAAAAUGUUGAAUAAUAA